AACCGAAGAGUCUUUUAACUUAGGAGUUAAUAAGAGUGAGUUGUUGACUUCUUGACUUCAAGGAAACUGAAGAGUCUUUUAACUUAAGAGUUAAGAGUGAGUUGUUGACUUCUUGUACUGUAGGCUCUAAAGCUUCACCACUCAUAAAAUCCAAAUGCCAAUCACACUUCAACCAUCAUCCCCAUCUUUAAGCGCUGGCGAGAAUGACCAGCAUACCAUCUUUUCAUCUGAUGAAGACGAACCAGAAGAUCCUCCACCGAAGAGUUCGGGCAAGGCUCAGCUUUCAGGGAGGAAGCGGCUGAGUGAAGGGAUGUCAACCAACGUGAGUUCGAAACGAGCCAACAAAGGUGAGAAGAUGGGAACUAAGAAGAGACGGUUUAGUGAGAAAGAUGAGAUUGUUCUGUUACAAGGUAUUAUUGAUUCCAAAGGGAAGAAUCCAUUGGAAGAUAAGCGCAGUUUCUACGAAUCUGUGAAGGGUUCUAUUAGCUUUGAUGUUACUUUGGAUCAGUUCAAGGACAAGAUUCGUUAUUUGCAAAAAAAAUAUACAGCCAAAGAGAAGAGCGGUGAACAAGCUUCUAUUUUGAAUCCUCAUGAGCAAAAGUGUUUUCAGUUAUCAAAGGCUAUUUGGGGAGCUGUUGAAUCUGACGAGAGUGAGAGGGGAUUGACAAAGAAACCUGACUUGGUCACUCCACGUAAGGGUAGGAAUAAUGCUCAAGAAGGAGAUAUGAAGAAGAAGAAGAAGUCACGACUUGUUGUUGAGAAAGAAUCUGCUGAUUGGGAUGAUGAAAGUGCUUUCUUUCUUGGUAUGGACUUUUUGAGAGCAAAAUGGACCAAGGUUCCCCCAACUGAGUCUAAGAAGGAAACCCAAGAGAAGAUGAAGAAGUUGCAUGCCAGUGAACUUGAAUGUCAAAAGUUUGAAGAGAUGCUCAAGGCUAUGAAAGAUAAAUGUGCACAUGCCAAGGUAGAGCUGCUGAAUGAGGUUACCUCUUUGAUCAUGGCAGCUGAAUAGAUCCAUAUAUAUAGUUUAUUAGGUUCUCUUUUCAGAUGUAAUCGCAGUGUCUUUUGUUGUUUUAAAACCUAAGAUCUUAACUUUGUGGUGUCCUUUUUUGUGUAUUGGUACUAAUUAGCUUAUUGGCCCUCUCUAUUUUUGGAUUGUUACUUAUGUAUGAAAAGAAUUGAAGCAAAUACUAUAAAAAGCUUUGCUUCAUCACUUUAUGCAAAAUUUUAUUCACUAGUUUGUA